GUACCUAUUUAUUUCCACUAUUCUAAUGGAAGUGUCCUGCCCAUUAGAAUCAAAAAAGUGAAUAGGUCAUGGCACGCUUAACAAAGAGACGACAAGCGGAUACAAAAGCUAUCCAGCAUCUUUGGGCAGCUAUUGAGAUCAUUCGAAACCAGAAGCAAAUUGCUAACAUUGACCGCAUUACAAAGUAUAUGUCUCGAGUCCAUGGUAUGCAUCCAAAAGAAACAACACGUCAGCUGAGCUUAGCAGUGAAAGAUGGUCUUAUUGUGGAGACCCUAACUGUGGGCUGCAAAGGUUCAAAAGCUGGUAUUGAACAAGAAGGCUAUUGGUUACCAGGAGAUGAGAUUGACUGGGAAACAGAAAAUCAUGACUGGUAUUGUUUUGAAUGCCAUUUGCCUGGAGAGGUAUUGAUAUGUGACCUGUGUUUUCGUGUUUAUCAUUCCAAGUGUUUAUCUGAUGAGUUCAGGCUUAGAGACAGCAGUAGCCACUGGCAAUGUCCAGUUUGCAGGAGUAUUAAGAAAAAAAAUACGAGCAAGCAGGAGAUGAGCACAUACCUGAGAUUCAUUGUCUCCCGAAUGAAGGAGCGGGCCAUAGAUCUAAACAAAAAGGGGAAGGACAAUAAGCACCCAAUGUACAGAAGAUUGGUACAUUCAGCUGUUGAUGUUCCUACAAUACAAGAGAAAGUGAAUGAAGGAAAGUACAGAAGUUAUGAAGAAUUCAAAGCUGAUGCUCAACUUCUUCUUCACAACACAGUGAUUUUCUAUGGAGCGGACAGUGAACAAGCUGACAUAGCCAGGAUGCUCUAUAAAGAUACAUGUCAUGAGCUGGAUGAACUGCAGCUUUGCAAGAAUUGCUUCUAUUUGUCAAAUGCACGUCCUGACAACUGGUUCUGCUAUCCUUGUAUACCUAAUCAUGAGCUGGUUUGGGCCAAAAUGAAGGGUUUUGGGUUUUGGCCAGCCAAAGUCAUGCAAAAAGAGGACAAUCAAGUUGAUGUUCGCUUCUUUGGUCACCAUCACCAAAGAGCCUGGAUUCCUUCAGAAAAUAUACAAGAUAUCACAGUUAACAUACAUCGGUUGCAUGUGAAACGCAGUAUGGGCUGGAAAAAAGCAUGUGAUGAGCUGGAGCUACAUCAACGCUUCCUGCGUGAAGGAAGAUUUUGGAAGUCUAAGAAUGAGGAUCGAGGUGAAGAAGAAGCAGAGUCCAGCAUCUCCUCUACCAGUAAUGAACAGCUGAAGGUCACUCAGGAACCAAGAGCAAAGAAAGGGCGACGUAAUCAAAGUGUGGAACCCAAAAAAGAGGAACCAGAGCCUGAAACUGAAGCUGUAAGUUCUAGCCAGGAAAUUCCCACAAUGCCUCAGCCAAUAGAAAAGGUUUCAGUCUCAACUCAGACCAAGAAGUUAAGUGCCUCUUCUCCAAGAAUGCUGCAUCGGAGCACACAGACCACUAAUGAUGGAGUGUGUCAAAACAUGUGCCAUGACAAAUACACCAAAAUCUUUAAUGAUUUCAAAGACCGAAUGAAAUCUGACCACAAACGAGAAACUGAAAGGGUUGUACGAGAAGCACUGGAGAAGCUGCGUACUGAAAUGGAGGAAGAAAAAAGGCAAGCUGUAAAUAAAGCUGUGGCCAAUAUGCAGAGUGAGAUGGACAGGAAAUGUAAACAGGUAAAAGAAAAGUGUAAAGAAGAAUUUGUAGAAGAGAUUAAGAAGCUAGCAGCACAGCACAAGCAGCUGAUUUCCCAGACCAAGAAGAAGCAAUGGGCUAAUCAGAAGAAGGAGAUCCCCAACAGUAACUGAAGAAUCAGGGAAAAGGAAGGCUUGAAAAGAAAGAAAGAAGACUGGUGUUCUUCACUGUCUGGUAGUAAGAUAUCCAGGAAAGAUGCUAGACAAAUAUUAAAGUAGAGAACUUGAGUAGAUGCAUGUCAGGUACUUAGACAUAAUUCCUGAAAUAGAUAAGUACUACCAAUGAAGUAUACUGAGACACCCUUUAAGAAGAAAAAUAAGAUAGAUGAGAUGUUCCUCCCUAGGAUUCUCUCUGAGACACAGAAAGAUAUCAAGGGAGAAAAGAACCCAAGGAACUCCAAGUGUAGUUAUGAGAGAAAUAAUGGCUUUCCUAAGGUUGGAACUGCUGACGCUAGAGUAUGAUCUCUUAGAUUUUGUAAGUGGAAGGUCACUGGAAAAUUUCAAAAGAACAAUUUUAUUGGAAGAAAAAACUAACCAAAAUCAAGACAAAACUUAGAAAAUUGAGCUUUUAAGUAGCCAAAUAUAAUCAGCAGGUUCAAGAACUUAAGAAGUAUACUGGAACCUUACUCUGAUGAUAUGCUUAGAAUCUGUGUUGUGUGGCUGGCUUCUUUAUAGAUGUUUUGUCAUCUAAAAGUUCAAUUCUCUUGGCUAGGUUGGCCUGAAUUAAUGUUAUAACAAGUCACAGUAUAGUGAGGCUCUGAAGUAUUUGGAAGGAUAAAAUUUGGAUGGGUUCUUUAUUUAAUCUACAUAAAUGAUACACGUGGUUACCAAAUACCACUAUAUUCUAAGAAACACUCAAUUGGAGGAUGUGCUUAUGAAAUAAGAACUGAAUCAUCAGGCUUUUUUGACAUGGGUAAAUAGUUGGAAUAUAUAAGCAGGUUCAUAGUAAAUUGGAGAAAUAUAAAUUGCUUCAUUAAAACAGUAUGUACUAAGUGAAUCACAUUGGAAGCAGUAUUUAUGUUAAGGCUUACAAGCCAAAAUUAGUCUGUUUGCUAAGCCCAUUGGCAAAUAGGAACUGGUCCUGACAGAAAGAAAAAACCUAACCUUUUCAGGUUUAAAAAAUUAGUUCAAAAGUGAUUAAGUUAUUUAGUAUGAUACUUGUAAGUCAACAAGAGUUUAGUUUUUUUAAUUGUAUGAAUUUGUUACUUAGAAACAUUUUAGGGGUUUUUUUAAAGUUCAUUAGGAUGUUGUUGUUUUGACCUCGGUAAAAGUAUUUGUUUUUUAAAUAAACUUCACUUUUUAAAGCCUUUACUUAAAUUUUUCUGUAUGCUUGGGCAGCUGCCAUUCACUACUGGGUUUAUUUGUACAUGUAUACCUUAGCAUUUCUUAAUACUGUUCUUUUUCCUUUCACUUAAAUAAAGAGAAAAGAAAUAUACCAGGUCAGAUUUUGGCAUUUCAGUUAGGUGUGUCACACAGUUUACAUCUACAUGAAGAGAUUGUAGCCAAGGCUUAAAGGAGACACUUAAUGAAGAAAACUAUAGGGAUUCUCCAAGUAUCUGUCUUGCCCUCCUAAGUAAUAUACUUCCUUCCCCACCCAUUUCAACCUCAAUCCCCUGACCCAGCAGAUGUGAAACUGUUUAGAGGACUGACUAACACGCCAUAUAUAAUCUACAUAAAUAGUUCUUGUUCAUGGUGCUUUUCAGCUGAUGUUUCUAAUGACUUCUAUAAGUUUGUGAAAUCCAGGAAUAGGGAUCUCUAGAAAAUACUUGUUGAGAACACUAGUAUAAGUUACUUCCUUGUAGCUGAAUUUGAGGGAAAACAAAGGAGAGUACUAACAUGUAACUUUUGUAGUUUCUUUAAGGAAGCGAUUAUCUUACUUUACUCUUAAAAUUGGGGGGGGAUACUGAAUUUCAGAUUUUGAGUACCCUAUAACUGUGAUCAAUAUUGUCUUAUAGGGUCCUGUUUUGCUAAGUGAAUAAAGUGUAAACAGACCUUGUCUUCAGAAAAAGCAAAGUUCCAUUCCUGAAAUUUAAAUGCCGUUCGAACUUUGGUUUAAUGUCCUCCCAUCAUCACAAAAGGUGCUACCUCAUCAUGGUUUUGAAAACUACUUUUGGCAGUUUUGCCAUAUGCUCCUUUGUUCUUCAUCUUCUUUUCUUAAGAAUGUAUUCUGUGCAUUACAUUUAUCUUGUUAUUUAGGUUUAAAAAAAAACCUAACCGAAAAAUUUUAAACUCCUAUUAUCCAGUACUAUGUGGGUAACUGGAUGUACAAAUUCUUCAGGAUAAACUUGGAUAUCACAGAAUGGUAGAUUGCUCCCCAAAGGUUGAAUGAUCUUUAUUUUACAGAAAUCCCUUGGUCAAACCUCUAGUUUUACAAAAGUGAAAAACCAAGAUCCUAAGGUGAACACUGGCUAGCUGAAGCUAGCUAGUGAGUAGUAAGUAGUAGAGCUGGGAAUCCAACCUAGGUCCCACUACAUAAGGCUACCUUGCAUCUUUUUAGUAGAAUGACCUUUCACUUGCUAGAAUAUUACCAAGAAUAUGCAGAAUACAGUACUCAGUUUUCUAGAUUUGGCUAUAGUAAGGACUAGAGAUGGUUAUCUCUUAUUUCUGUCUUGGGUGGAAAUCAUUAUCUAAUAAACUAUUUCCAGUCAUACAAGUAAACUGCUGUUCUACAUAAAUUGAUGGCAAGUUGGAUACUUUGGGAGACAAGUUAAUGUUUUAUCAGGUCCAAGGAUAUCAGUUUGUAAGUGUUGACUUGAAUGCAGUAAUAAACUCUGUACCUUGGUGGAGUUGCUCCACUUUAAAAAUUAUCUAAUUUAAGUACCAGUUAUUCAACUAAGAUUUAUUAUUAGCACCAACUUUAUGCCUACUGAAGUGCUUUGGAAAAGGAGAAAUAUAAAAGAUAUGGCCCUUGCCUUUUGGUGGAGGUGUAUGAAGAGUUAAGCAGUGCAUCAGAAAGUAUGUUCUGUCAGCAUCUGGUCAGAAAAUGAUUGCUUAGAGAGGGCUUGAGUUCAUUAGGGGAGAACUCCUAGAAAGACGUAAUUUUUUAAAAUUAAAUUUUACUUUUUUUUGCAUUUAUGAGCCAAGUUGGGAAGUAUGUGAGAGACAUGGUUUGGAAAGAAAGGGGGAGGGUAUUUCCGCCAUAGAAAAAUCUAAGUAAAACAUAAAAGAGCCUAAUGAAAGAACUGUAUUAAUACAUAUUAGAUAAGGUCAGCAUGGGCUUCCAUAUUGAUGGUACAUCUUAAAUACUAGACAACGAGGAAGUUAGGAUGACAACUCCUGUUCUACAUCAGGGAAAUAAAAAAAUUGAAGUGGUGUUAAAGAAAGAUUUUGCUUGUAUUUGGGAAAAUAAGAAUAACUAGAAGUAAGACCAAGGAGUAACUUAUUCAUAUGAUAGCAUAAGAAUGAGAGAUCAUUCCAUUAUUGCCAAUAGAAAUAUAGAGCACAAAGUAGUUAAUUAUGGGGGUUUUCCUAAGGAUCCUUUUUUUUUUAAAACAUUGUUCAUACAAAAAGAAAAUUAACAUUUCUUGCCUCUGUCAUUAUCGGUUGUUGGCCUUUGGUAUUCAGGAAAAUGCAAAGAUGUAAUAGGGGAUGGAUAAGCAAUAUUAUCAGCUUACUACAAGGAUAAAUGGCGGUCAUUGACAAAAAGAUCUUUAUUUCAAAAUUUUGCAGGUAAGUCCAUCAAGUGCCCAAAUUUGAGUUAGUAAGGCAGGGUUUGACUUAGGAUAAGAAGGAACUUCCCAGUCAUUAGAGCUGUCCCAAAAUGAAACGGGCUGCAUUAUUUUAAGAAGAUAAUCACUAGUGAUAUUCAAGUGGGAAUAGGGUAUUGUGGAGAGGAUUCACGUUUUAGAUGCAAAUUAGACUACAUGAUUUCUUAGGACCCUUCCGACUUUCAGAUUCUGUGAAAUUGGUGCAGACACAGCAAGUGUUCAGGUAUUAGUGAUGGUGCUAGUUUAACUUGUGGAAAGGUUUUUUAAAGUUUCCAAAGCAUUUAGUGAUCUGUUUUCACUAGUCUUCCUCUUGCUUCAUAGCUUAAAGCAAGGAGGCAUAAGAUUUAAGUUUUGUUAAUCCCUUCCUUGACUAGAUCAUUUUGGAAGCAUUGAUCACAGGUUCUUUGGCUUAUGGCUCCAGAGCUGAAAGUGACCAGAGGGGGGCAUCAUUUCCAUUUCCUUCAUUUAUAGAUAAGGAAGCCAAGGUCAGGAGAAGGAAGUGAUUUGUUCAAGGUCACAUGGGUAGUAAGAGGUAGAGAGCAGAAACCAAAUUCCAGUUCAGUGCCUUCUAGGUCUGUGCUCUUCCCACCGCCCCAUGCAGCAGCUGCCGGUGCCUAAAGCUCAAAUUGACUUGUUAAUUUGUCUCAUUAAAUGCAGAAGAUGGGCAUAUUCAACGUAGAAACCAAACUAAAAUGAGCCAGGAGGAGGUUUAGUUUCUCAGGCUUCAUGUCCCAGGCUGCAAUAAUCAUGCUUCCCGGCUUGUUCU